UCCUGGCACUGUGCAGCUGGCACUGCAGUGUGCUGCUCCCCAGAGGUGGCACUGCAGGGCUGGGUUUAGCUCUGGCACUCUGUUCCUGCUGUGGGGCUGAGUUUUGGUGCCUCCCCAGGGUUUGUUUGAAUACAGGGAGUAUCCUGGGCCUGGGGGCAGAGCCAGCUCGUCCUUUGUUGAGUGGCUGGACCAGGACAGUGUGAAUUUGGGGUCCCUGGAGUGCCCUCCCUGCCCUGUGUGUGGAGGUGAUGUGCCCAGGGGGACACAGUGCUGCUCUUGGCUGGGCACUGACUUUCCCCCAUUGCUCCCUCUCAAGCAGCUGAGCAAAAGCUGCUGGAAUUUCUGGAUUUUGGGGGAAACCCCUGGAUCCCAGCGCCUCUGGGGAGAGGCAGGAGCUGUCCCUGGGAGCACACACUGCUGGGGGCACAGCAUCCCUGCCCUGGGCACUUGCCUUGCCCAGCCUGGGCCCUGCCUUGGGCUCAGCUGCCCUCGAGGGAAGGACAGACGGGCCCCGUGCCAGGUUUGCACUCGCAGCACUCCAGCCUGGCCCUGUUUGCAGCUCCCCAGGCUGGGCUGUGCUGCUGCUGCUGCCUUGGGGCUGCUGCUGGAGUGUCCCUUUAAACACCACCUCGGGCAGGCUCAGCUGCCAGGGAUUAUCUGCUGGGGAGAGGAUUGGCAUUAAAGGCAAUGUCUCCUCCCUCCCCCUGUCCUGCAGCAUCCCCGGGCCUGGGGGGUGUGUGCAAACCAAAUUCACUUUCUCCUGGGCGAGCACAGAGGGCUCUGGGCUUGGAGGGGCGAGGGGAGGAGGCAGAUGAUGGCACUGGGCCUCCUCUUCCUCGCCGUGCUGGCCACGCUCACCUCCUGCCAGGAGCCAGAAGGAGACCUGGACACGUACUGGUCUGGCACGGCCCCCAUCUGCCUGGGGGGCUGCAAGGGGCGGCACAAGGAGCUGAAGAGGAGCCAGUGUGGGAACGGCAGCUGCUGCUGGCUGGGCUACAAAUCCUUCUGCAGAGUGAACUGCGGGCGGCCCGAGGCGGAUUUUAACUCGGUGGUUCACGGCAAUGACUGGUGGGUGGGCUCCGUGGUGCGCUACAGCUGCCGGCCCGGCUUCGUGCUGCUGGGGGACCCCGCCAGCGCCUGCCAGUCCGACGGGCGAUGGAGCCCCAAGCCCUCCUGCCUCCGGAUCUGCCUGCGGGGCCGCAUCCAGAUCAGCGAGCGGGACCUCACGGGCCGGUGCUCCUCGUCGUGCGGCAGCCAGGAGCACCUGGGAGCCUCCCCCAGCCGCGGCUGCAUCAAAAUCUCGGGCUGUGUCACCAAGCUGUCGGGCUGGCCCCGCUGGUUCCAGCGCUGCGACAUCUGCGAGUGCGACUGCCACGUGCCCUGCGGUGAGCCCUGGGUGGCACUGCCCGGUGCGAGGGGAAGGCUGGCACUGGGAGAUGGGAGCUGCAAACAGCUCAAAAUCCUGUCUUUGCUCUCCUCAGGUUCUUCCAGGUAGAGCUGGGCCAGCCGGGGCUGACACCGCUGUGCUGAGGGAGGCUUCAACCCUGGGUUCUCCUUCCCUUUCACCAGUGUCUCCAUUGUGCUCCUUCCACAAGCUCUGUCUGUCCUGAGGAUGUCAUCUGAGAUGUUCUGGACUCACUCUUGCAGGAUGGCUCAUGCCAGACUGGCCAGGGGAUGCUCUGGGAGCAGCAGGUGCUGGGAUCUGGGGGUGCCAUCACCCAUUUCCCUGGCUGCUUCCCAGAGGGGGCUCAAAGCCCCUCUUAGGGGUGAGGCAGCACCUGGACCUGUGCCUGGUGCAAAAUACCUGUCCUUCAGUGCUGCAGGUUGGGAUUUCUCUGUGUCAGGAGAUUCCAGGCCCUAAACUGGGAGCUGGAGCUGCCCUCUGAGCUUGCUGGGGCCAGCAGGAGUGUGGCAUCUGCCUCCUGUCCCCAUGGUGGGGACAGAGCAGCCUGGCCAGUGUGGCAUCUGCCUCCUGUCCCCAUGGCGGGGACAGAGCAGCCUGGCCAGUGUGGCAUCUGCCUCCUGUCCCCAUGGCAGGGACAGAGCAGCCUGGCCAGUGUGGCAUCUGCCUCCUGUCCCCAUGGCAGGGACAGAGCAGCCUGGCCAGUGUGGCAUCUGCCUCCUGUCCCCAUGGCAGGGACAGAGCAGCCUGGCCAGGGCUGCAGCACCCACUGCUGAGGAACCAAGCUGCCCUGCAGCCUCCCUGGGAGUGCAGAGAUGGGAAAGGUCUCAUCUCCCAGGUGGAAAACCUUCCCUACAGGCUGCUGCAUGGCUGCUGGUGCUGCUCCUGCCAGGGGCUCUGUGGUCCUGCCCUGAGAGCCCCUCCCUGCAGGGGCUUCUCCUCGCAGCAGCUUGGGGCCACAAAGGGGGAGAUGUGGCUGCAGCCAGGAGCAGCUCUGUGCCCCUUGGGGACAUCUCUGGCUCCUCGAUGGAAGCAGUUUUAUUCCCCAGGGAAGGAGAGGGUGGUCUGGAGCACAAGUGAUGGCACUGCUGAGGGUGCUGGAGGACCAGCCCUGGGUCAUUAAAAAUAUAUUUACAGGGAAUCCCACAGGUUCUCCUGUCAUGCAAAGAGGUUCUGCUGCCUGCUCUGUCCCUGCAGCCCUGAACACAGAUGACAGAACCAGGACAGGCUCCCCCUGCCACUGUCCUGGGUGGGGACACGGCUGUGGACAAGGCCACUUUAGGAAGGUCCCAGCUGGGGAUUAGAGGGAUGUGAAGGUCCCCAUGGCACUGGGCUCCAUCCCUGCUUCCUCCCACCUUGAAAUGACUCCCUACAGCUGCUGGGUGCUUCAUGGCCACCAGCUUGGGCCCAGCUGAGCAGAAAGGGGUUUAGGGGCUAGGGAUUUAGGGAUUUCGUUCCCAGGCCAUUCCCUGAAGGGAGGAAAGGCUGUGGCACUGCUCAGAGCAGGCCUGAGCUGGCACCUGCACACAGGGAGUGCCCCAGGGCUGGGAGGCAGCUGGGUACAGAGAGAACCGGGUGAGCCCCAGGUGCCUUUUGCUCCAGAACAAGAUGACUUAAGACCUCCAUGAGGAGCUCGGCUCCAUGGAUUGCUCCUCGUGCCCUCCCCAGUCUCUGCCUGGAUCCUGCCCUGAGCUCUGGCCCAGCCCUAAGCUGGCAGGGGGUGGGGAAAGCUCUCCUUGGCUCAACAGAUGGUUUUUUAAUUAAUACUCUUGCUGGUGCCACUCAUUUCCAUAUGUCUCUGGUGUUUAAGUGCUGUGGUGGGUGCGAGGUGUGAGUAACAGCGAGGAGGGAGCCAGGCGUGGUGCUGGGGAGGUGCAGGGGGA